AUGAUGGCGGACGCCAAACAGAAAAUCACAGAAGGCGAGCUACUUAGCAAGCGAUACUCUGCGAAAAGCCGCAUGGCCGAGUUGACGGUCGAGCAGCUUGGGAAAUUUCCCGCAAAUACGCCAGCCUACCAAACGAUGGGCCGGAUGUUUGUGUUGACGAAUAUUGCUGACGAGAUGACACGCCACAAAGAGGAAUCUAAGGAGCAUAAGGAAAAAAUCGUCGGCCUUGUUCGGCAAAAGGAAUACCUGCAGAAAAACGUUGAAGAUAGUGAACGGAAUUUGAGAGAAAUGGUGCAAUCAAGACGCCAC